UUUUAUAUCACAGAAAUAGAACUAUCUCUCAAUUUCCGUAUUCUUCACAAACGACCUUGGAACCCAACGCGCUAUCAUAUCCAAGCGCACUUGGCGAUAUUUUUGCUAGUAAAAUGGCUUCCAAACAAAUCGAAAGAUAAUGUCCGGGCGCAGUUAUCUUUGAUUAUUUCUUUUUAGACCACACUUGAAGAAGCGAUAACGUACGUUCAUCGUCUCAUAUAAAUUAUUGUAAAAACGUAUCGUUUGUUGUUUAUUUCUCCAGUUGUAUAGUCAGUUCGGAGAUGACCAGUGAUUGUGAUAGUAUCUGUUUUAACUAUGACAGCAUUUUGUGCAAAUGGUGAGUGCACACGAUAUUGAAGACAUUCUUUACUAUUUGUGUCUUCACUACGUUAUCUAUUCUUGCUGGAGUGCUUGUGAAAAGCAGCAAUGAAGGAUUUGAUUAGAAACUAUAAGCUAACAAUCAAGAACAGGACCGAUGAGGAGUCAGAUUGCGAUCCUAUAGUUAGUUCAGCGUCUUCUGCUUAUGACUAUGGAGCUUGCAAUUCGGGUAUAUUUGGACAUGACUUCAGUACAGCGAGCGAGGACGAAACUGUCAAGACUACCGUUACCGUAUCAAGAUAUCCCAGUCAAGAUGCAAAUAGGCAAGUAUUAACGUCGUUUGUAAAUGUGUAUGAGAAGCUAAAAGGCGUGACUAGUGCGAAUUUAGGUGAAAGAUUCAACAAAAUUGCAGAGCUAGGAAGAAAUAAGUUUGAAGAUACUUUUUUGAUAGGGAUCGAAACCAGUGGCAAGGCCAGCAGUUGGGAGACCUUGCACAAUUUUCCAAUAUGUCAACAGGAAGAACACACUACACACUCUAUAGUUACAAUAUUUGCGAUAUGGAACACAACUAUGGGUUCAUCGUUAUUAGCAAUGGCGUGGGGUGUCGUAAGAACCGGCUUUUUUCCCGCCGUUAUUAUCAUGCUGGCGAUAAGCGGACUGUGUUUGUACACCACGCACGUUUUGCUGAGCGUAAAUAAGAAGCACGGCAUUAUUAGUAGUAACUUCGAAGUACCAGAGCUUUGUAGACUCCUACUGGGAAAAUGGGCUGAAGUUAUGGCUAGGAUUUUCUCCAUGAUAGUACUCAUAGGGGCGGAUAUAGUGUACUGGAUACUUAUGUCGAAUUUCCUGUAUAACUUCGUCUCUUUUGUUUAUGAUGCUUUCCAUGGGAAUUCGACAGAAGAAAUGACGAAUGCAGUCUUGUGCCCGAAAAAUAUCGUUCUGAAUCUCAAUACCACCUACGUGUUCAAUCCUUCUAUGGAAAACUCAACGUUUUAUAACAUCUGGGAUUUGUACAGUACCGUCCCUGUGAUAUUAGCUGUGAUAAUGUUUCCUUUAUUAAAUUUUAAGAGCCCUACAUUCUUCACUAAGUUUAAUAGUUUAGGAUGUGUUCCUAUACGUCACUCUUGGUACGAUCAGUGUUACCUACCUUUUGAUAUUCGUAGCCAUAAAGUCUUUUUCCUGGGGUCCUCAUAUGCAGAGUUGGUCGGAAGAAUGGACCCUGAAGGCGACUUUCCCUUCGCUUACAGGAAUGCUGUCCAUGAGUUAUUUUAUACAUAAUAUCAUCAUCACAAUAAUGAGGCACAACCGACAUCAAGAAAAGAAUGGUCGUGAUUUGACGAUAGCUUUUAGUUUAAUAACCUUCACUUAUCUUUUCAUCGGUGUUGUCUUCUACGUUGGGUUUCCAUUAGCGAAAACGUGCAUUGAAGAUAAUCUCUUAAACAAUUUUUCAAAACGAGACACAUUGACCUUGAUAUCGAGGCUACUUCUCCUGUUCCAACUGUUCACUGUAUUCCCACUGAUAACUUAUAUGUUGAGGCAGGAUAUAUUGACGAAUCUCAAUGGCAUAUUUAAACUGGAUUCUACUUUUGGAUAUACCAAGAUCAUGUGCAUCAAUUUUGUCGUUGUACUGACAUGCAUCAUGUUCGCCUGUUUUCUCCCUAGGAUUGGAACAUUGAUAAGGUACACCGGAGCUUUAAGUGGAUUGGUGUACAUCUUUCUCCUACCAAGCUUAUUGCAGAUGGCCUCACUUAAGAAAGACGAUCGUUUGACAGCGCCUAAAGCUAUAUUCUAUUGCUGUAUUAUAGUUAUCGGAUCUUUGAAUUUGUUUUCACAGUUCUUCAUCAGUGAUACUCAGUAGAAUUUUAUUUUUUUAAAAUCAACUUUUAUACUUAAUUUCUUAUUUAUUAGCAGUUUUAAAUACAUCCUCUGAGCUUU